AUGUCAGAGCGGUCUACGCAACCCCCACCCACAAAAGAUUGUCCAACCUGCCAGAGGCGGCGCAUCAAGUGCGAUCGCAGCUUACCUGGUUGUACAAAAUGUGGGAAGCGAGGUCUUGAGUGUUUAGGCUACGGCCUUCAGCUUAAAUGGGGCCAGGGUGUCGCAUCUCGCGGUAGAUUGCAGGGACAGACGAUCCCAGUGCGCGAGGGUGCCGAUGUAGUGAAUCCGCUCUUGGCUGUCGGUGCUGCAGUUGGCACAUCGGGUGAGAAUGCUGGGUCUGAGAUCGACUUUUUAAGAACUCAGCCGGUAAAUCCGAUGGGUUCGCCUUCUAUCGAUCUCAGUCUGUCUGGUCCCAGGCCUCCGCAUGCUUCACGGCUGCUUGCGUGGUUUAAGGAGCGGGUGGCGCAUCGACUGGCCUGGAUCGAUGGCCCGGGAAACCCUUGGAGACAGAUCAUCUUACCUCUGGCUGAGAACUCGGAGACUGUCCUUUCCUCCGUUCUUGCACUCGCUGCACAUGAUCUGGCUUCUCAGUACCCUCCCCAGGAUCCCUGGUUCGUCAGGUUUCAGAAUAUCUCAGAUGCGUACCAGAAUAAAGCCCUAGCACUCCUUGCUAAGGAACUGAGGGACUUGACGACCUCGCCUUCGCCGCAAGCCAGCCCGGACGCGUCCAUGACACUGGCCUCGGUGCUGAUCCUAUGUAAUAACCAACUUUUAUCAGCCCAGUCAUCAGGAUGGAAGAUCCACCUCCUCGCCGCACGCGAACUGAUCCUCGUUGGAGAAAGCCAAUCCUCCCUCCACCAGCAACUGAUCCGCAUCCAAGAAUUCCUCCUUCAGGAAUUCUACUCCACCUCUGUGUGGACUCAUCUAACCGCCUUUGACGACAUGAAUGUAAUCAGUAACCUUCGCACAGCACCUACGAGUACCGAAGACGCCGCAGUCGCCGACUUCAUCCGCAUAAUCUAUCAAAUCACCCAACUCGAGCGACUGCAGAGCCGCUCGCAGACUCCGCUUCCUUACGCCCAGAUCGAAGACAUUCACAACCAAAUCGAAUCCGCGCGUAUCAAAAGCUUCUAUCUUAGUCAGAAAGUCAACUUUUGGUCCGAGUCUGACCGCAACGACUUCGAACUCGUUGUGUGGAUGUUCUACCACGCAAACCUGAUUUACAGCGCCCAGGCCUUCCCGCAGCUCCGCGGCACGGUGAUAGAUGUGGACCAUUCCCGAGACCAGAUCCUCAGCCACGUGCGGCGUCUUUCCGAGACAAAAAACGGAAUGUGGGCGCAGGAUCUCGUGUGGCCGCUUUUUAUUGCGGGGACAGAGUUGAGGGGUGAUCGGCCGAGUCAGAGAUUUGUCGAAGGUGCUUUCAAAGAUGUUAUGCGGCUCAGUCGGACGUUGGAUCGGGCGAGGGUUCUUGAGUUUUUGGAGACUUGGUGGAAUGUUUCGGAUGAUCGGCUCUCUUCUUGGAUUCAGUUGGCGAGAGAACGGCCUAAUGAUUUCAAUUUUCUGCUUUUGUGA